CAGGCGCCGCUCUCCUAGCGCCUUAGUCCUAGUUCUCGCUGCCGAUUUGCGUCAUCAGGUUGCGCCGGUUGGAGUUCUUGACGCAUGCGCGCGUGAUGUUUGGACCUCGAUCUAUUUAGAAGGACAGAUGGCACAUAUUACCAUCAAUCAAUAUUUGCAACAGGUUUUGGAGGCCAUUGAAAUGAAAAAUGGCUUUAGCUGUGCAGACCUGGUUUCAUUCAGACAUCCACAUAUUGCAAAUCCACGCUUGCAGUUGUCUUCUCCAGAGGAUAAGUGUCAACAGAUGCUGGAACCUUCCUAUGAUGAGAUGUUUGCAGCUCACCUAAGGUGCACUUAUGCCGUUUCCAACCAUGACUUUGUUGAAGCCUACAAAUAUCAAACCGUCGUAGUCCAAUCAUUUUUGAGAAUAUUUCAGGCACAUAAAGAAGAAAACUGGGCCUUGCCUAUCAUGUAUGCCAUUACUUUGGAUUUGCGAAAUUUUGCCAAUUGCGCUGACCAGCAACUGGUUAAGAAAGGAAAAGGCAAAAUUGGCGAUAUGUUAGAAAAAGCAGCAGAACUGUUGAUGAGCUGCUUCAGAGUAUGCGCUAGUGACACCCGUGCAUCUUUUGAUGACUCCAAAAAGUGGGGGAUGUUGUUUCUAGUCAAUCAACUUUUUAGGAUUUAUUUUAAGAUUAGCAAACUUCACUUGUGUAAACCCUUAAUUAGAGCCAUUGACAGUUCCAACUUUAAAGAUGAUUAUGCCAUGUCUCAGAGAGUGACGUACAGAUACUAUGUUGGUCGCAAGGCAAUGUUUGACAGUGACUUCAAAAAAGCUGAAGAAUGUCUGUCAUUUGCCUUCAGGAACUGUCUCCGCACAUGUCAAAAAAAUAAAAGGAUGAUUCUCAUCUACCUUUUGCCAGUAAAGAUGCUGCUGGGUCACAUGCCAGCCAUACAGUUACUCAGAAAAUAUGACCUUAUGCAAUUUGCAGAUGUCACCAAGGCUGUCAGUGAAGGUAAUCUUCGGCUCCUGACUGAGGCCUUAACCACACAUGAGAACUUCUUCACACGAUGUGGUAUCUUCCUGAUUCUGGAAAAGCUGAAGAUCAUUACAUACAGGAAUCUUUUUAAGAAAGUGUAUCUGCUACUUCGAACACAUCAGCUUUCCCUCGAUGCCUUUCUAGUCGCCCUAAAAUUCAUGGGGGUGGAAGAUGCAGACAUCGAGGAAGUAAACUGCAUUGUAGCUAAUCUGAUCUACUUGGUUUGGACACAUCAAAGGUUACGUAUCUUAUCAGCAUCAGAAGCUUGUGGUCAGCAAACAAAACCCCUUUCCACCCCUGUCAACAAUCUGCUAAGAAGAAUAAGGGUAAAGGCAGAUACUACAGAGGUCUGUUCUGUCAACACAAGACCUUUGAACUUCAGUCAAAUUUAUCACCUGUGAAUUUAGGACCCAUCUUGUCAUUCUCAUCUGGUUUUACUUAGUUUCAUGCCAUAUUUAGUAUAGUAUACAUUUUACUAUGUGUAUAUAUGCAAUGUCAAAUAAAUACUUUUUUUUGUAUAA